AUGAAUCGCGGAACCUUGUACGAGUUUGAUGAGGACGACGAAGAAGAAGAAGAAGAAGAAGAUGACGACAUCGUUGAAGAUCUCGAAGACCUAAGACGCGCAUGUAUUGUCCCCGAGUCGAAUUCCGAUGAUUUUAUUCCAAAAUCCGGUUAUGUUGGACCGGAUGAAGGAGGCGGCGGCGGCGGCGGCGGAGGGGGAGAGAUAGCGUCGGAUUCGGAGAACGAAGAAGACUACUUCAAGAUGCUUCGGAGCCUCAAGAGCCAAUUAGCUCCGUCGACGGAUUCGGAGAGCGACGAAGACGACUUCGAGUUGCUAUGGAGCCUCAAGAGCCAGCUGGCAUUCUCGAUGGAUUCGCGCUUUCCUCCCCUGAGUCUCUCCGACGACGACGAUGAUGAUGAUUCUUUUGAAUCGCUUCGUGCUAUUCGUAGGCGGUUCUCUGCUUAUGCGAAUCUUGAUAAAGAUGGAGCUUUUAUGAAUGAUUCUCUCGGGAAAAAAAAGCUGGGGAAAUUUUUUGUCACAUUGCCUGAUUCUAAGGGAACACAAACUGCUGGUGAUUCUGUUCAUUUUCAUGAGAACAAUGCCACCGCACCUCUUGACCAAUCAUCAAGUUUCCCUAAAGCUGCACAUGCCUUUGUUGAGGCUAUCCGGAGGAAUAGGGCGUAUCAGAAGUUUCUUCGAAAGAAGCUGACUGAAAUUGAAGCGAGGAUCGAGCAGAGCGAGAAGCACCAGAAGAAUGUUAAGAUAGUAGUAGACUUUCAAGCCUCUUUCAAGAGAAUAGCUGAACAAGUGCUUUCUCAGGGGAAAGAUCCUCGUCUCCAAUUAAUCUCGACACCAAAAUGUGGGCCUCAUGAUAGCUCAGAGGAUAACGAUAAAAAUAUAUCUCCUUUGACGUUUGGCCCACCGGAAAACCCGUGUGUUGAAACUUAUAGGAUGGUACUAAAGACACAUCCAGUUUCAGUGCAUCGUAGAAGUUGUUCUGCUGAGGAGAACAAAAAUCUUGCAAAAGGUCUAAAACAACAAGUUCAGGAAACACUGCUUUUAGAAGCUAUAGAACGGUCCAGGUACUGCUUGCUCUUUCUCUUCUGA